CGCAUGCGUUCAGGAGGUUGGAGUGCUGGACAGCUCCUUUCAAACUCGGCUAGGUAGGAGGCGCGUGUACACUGUCUCCAGAGUCCAAGCGGAGAGGAAACAGAGCUGACCCGUGCACUCGAUGGUCUCUCAACACUUGAUUUCUUUUUUCCCCGCCCGCCUGAGUGGUUUCACUAUGACAUUAAUGCUGACCUGGAGCGAGAGCAAAAUGCUUAACAGUAAAAGGAGGAGCAACGAAGCGACAUAGGAAAAUGCGCAUCUAGCCCAAAUCUCAGGAUGUAUUUCUGUGGUCUAAACACACUGACUACCUCCUGCUUGUUGUUCCUUGUCACCGUUGGCAUCGGCAAUGGUUUUGAAUGCAGCCCAGGUUGCGAUCCAGACAAUGGGUUCUGUGAGAAAACUGGAGAAUGCAGAUGCAAACCAGGUUGGCAGGGUGCCACGUGUAACCAGUGCAUACCAUUCCCGGGCUGCGUGCACGGGUCGUGUGAGAAAGCCUGGCAAUGUAACUGCGAGGAGGGCUGGGCGGGGAGUCGGUGUGAUGUAGAUACCCAUUCCUGCUCAUCAAAGCCGUGCGCUAACAAUGCAACCUGCAUCGAGACAGGCGAGGGCGGUUACCUUUGCAUAUGCGCGCACGGUUAUACUGGGGACAAUUGCCACCUGAGGAUUGGACCAUGCUUGACCAAUGGCUCUCCAUGCCAGAACGGGGGCACCUGUACUGAUGAUGAUGGUUUGGCAGCCCACUCCUCCUGCCUCUGCCCUUCUGGGUUCGCUGGCAACUUCUGUGAGAUCGAUGUGGACGACUGUGAGCCCAGCCCCUGCGCCAAUGGGGGCAGCUGUACUGACCACGGGCUUGUCUAUACCUGCGCCUGCUUGGGGGGGUUCACCGGCCCUACCUGCAACGACUCCCUGCUGCCCUGUUCUGACCACCCCUGUGCCAACGGCGGCACCUGCCUGGGCUUGGCUGACGGGGGCUUCCGCUGCCUGUGCCGGCCGGGAUUCGUGGGGCACACUUGUGCUCAACCCAGAGCCAGGCCCUCUCGGCCGUCGGAACAGGAGGGCAGCCGCCCGCCGCAGCACCAUGGCCUGCCCUCACACGUGUUCCACAAGCUGGUGCGCCCGCCAGACCGUGAGCUGCUGAAGAUUACCAUGAAGGAGACGGUGCGUGCCCCCAGCCACCUGGUCACCCGCAGCCAGGUCAUCUGUUUUGCCGUUCUCGGCCUGCUCACCUGCCUGGUGGUCCUGGGUACCACAGGUAUCAUCUUCUUCAACCGCUGCGAGGCCUGGAUGGCCAAUGCCAAGUACAGCCAGCUCGUGCGGCAGCAGCGGGACUACCUGCUGAGGGCCAACAACGGUGAGGAACACUCUGUCAACAUCAUCCUGCCUGAAAAAAUCAAGCUGACCAAUUACCGGAACCACUACACCUCCAUCUAAACCCUAAUGUCUGGCUGUUGCCUCUGGGCCUAUGGGUUUCAUACUGAAAUGUGAAGGCAAUGGCCACUUGGUUGGCAGUGAUGACCUCCAGAGACAUGCAGCAGUUAAAACUGAUUGUUCAAGACUACUCAAUUCAAUCAACUAUUCAAGACUGUAGGCUCAUUAAACGAUUUCAGUGCUUUAUUAUAAUGGAAUGGAACUUGGGGGAUCUAUGCUUUACCUGCCAAAAAUGAAUGCAGAGAACCCAUGGGGUAUUAAAUGACAGCAAGGCUUUGCUCCCUUUUCCAUCAGACCUUUCUAUUGCUUUGCUCCAUCUCCAUAAUUAUCACACAUAUUUACAUGAAAUUAAGUCACAAUGGCCCAAAGAUACCUGGGGAUUUUGGUAACAGUUCUGAGAAUCUAAUUUACUCAUAAAUGUUCAUUUACAUAGGUCUUUUAAAGCAUAUACAUAUAUCAUACCUUUUAUGUUUUGUGACCAAAAGAGUCUAAAAGAGUGCCAGUUUGUUGUUAAGUAAUGCUUUAUUUUGUUCAGUAAAUGCCACCUUAAACAUUUAAUUAUGAAGUCAAUUUAUAGUUAAAACUGUAUAAUGUAAAUAUAUUGAAUACUAAAGGAAAUAUUAAGUGCCACAAUUUCCCAAUUCCAAUUUCCAAUAAAGGUGAGACAAUUUGCAAACAUAAUGCUAGACAGCUAGAUUCAUUCCCAUAAAAAUGGAAAUGCCAUGAACUAUACUGAAGGACCAUUUAAUGUAAAAUUCAAAACCUCUAUUUUCACACAACCACUUUAUGAUCGCCAACAUGCUGCAUAUUACAAGGUAUUGACAUUGCUUGAGAAAAAAAUCCUCUCAACUGUAAUUUUAUGGAUGUAGUGGACAGACAAUUCCUAGUGUCCACAAGCAGAAACCUGAUCUAGUGUUGUCUCCAAAAGCAUCCCUAACUAUCUGCUGCUGGGGACGUUUGGAGCGAACGAGUCCUGGGACAGUAAUUUUGCACUUCAUGGAAGGAAGAACAGCAGGAAUGACAACACAGGCAAUUACAGCUUUGAAUCAUUGAAGUGGAUUUCAAUUGCCUCUCUGCCCUGCAGGCUUGUGGAUUUCAUGGCAAAACAGGGAGUAUUUGGCAGAAGUAAGACACCCUCAGAGCACACAGUCUUACUGACCUUUUCAUGUCCCUCCUGUCCUCUAGAUGCAGCUUGCCGUCUUCUUGCAGUUUAGUCAGAACCAGCGCACCAGCAAAGUUAUGGAUACAUGUGGAUGCAUUC